AUUUUCACUCAGUCAAACAUCAGGGGCAGCUAAUCGUCGAGGCGCCAGACUCAAACAAACGGACGAGCACGAACAUCUGAACAAAAACGGGUGCACUAAGUUCAAGAAAAGAGAAGCUAAACAUCUCUUCCGCAGUUAUUUGAGAUCUGAACUUCUCAGCCAUGAAGACCUCCAAGCCACUGCAGAGCUUUGCUCAGGAGGAAUGUGGUGUUUGGCUGGACACUGUGCAACUGAAAGGAAAAGCUCAAAAGAAAAGACUUGCCCGUCCCAUUUCUAAACUGCUGAAUCCCUUUGUUGAGGGCAGAGGAUACAGUUUGGCUGUGGCACUCAAUUUCACUCAGACCAAACUAGAGAUGCCAAAGACCAAACAGAGCUCUAUAUCGACCUUCUUCGCAGGGCAGCGCAGAGUUCUCAAUAAGAUGUCUACUUCUGAAGUGCCAAACAUGGAUCCAGUACAGCCUUCCUCACCAUCUACCCCGUCCACACCUGAAGCAUCGGGGAAGAAACGAAGACGUGAAAUAGAUCUUGAAAUCUCUGACUUCUGUAACUCCGAUCCUGGUGUGGAUCAUGAAAGCAGAAGGGAAAACGUGAAUGAGCCUGAAGCGGCUAUGUGGCAGGAGCGGGCAGCAAGCCAUACACCUUCUCAAAACGUGUACUGUGAAUCUGAAGAAGAGCCGUUUGAGGAGAUAAAUCCACCACAGAGGAAGAGGAGGCUCACUGCAGCCUCCCAACUGCCAUGUGACAGUCAACCUGUUCCACAGGCGUGGAGUCAGGACCCACUGCUUACCUGUAGCCAGUAUUCUGAAAGUGAACUUGACCAAACAAACAUGAAAAAGAGCACAGCAAAGAACUUUAUUGACUCUGAGCCAAACUUCCUUAACAGUCUGCAAAGUGAGGAUGCUUUCGGUAUUCGGAUUAAUAUGGACGGGAGAACCUCAACUCAGAAAUCCUUGAGAAACUUUCACUCUUCUCAGACAGAUGAUGAGAAAGAAAACAGCAUGUUUUGGUCUCCUAAAUCCCCAAGAAAGCAUUCAACUCUCUCUCAGGUUCAACCUCUGUCAAAUCUUAAAUGGACAGAAUCAAAAAGUGUUUCACCGAGAAAACGCGUUCCAGAGCAGCUUUGGAAAAAGGCUGAUAAAGAGGAGAGCCUUGACUCACAGUUCAAGUGGAUAAAACCGAACAGCUCUCCUGUAAAGAAACCUGCAGCACAGCUGUCUGGCAGGGAGGCUGAUGAGGACAGUCUGGCCACGUUGUUCACGCAGGACUCUGAAGGCUUCAGGGUGAUAGCACACAGAGGUCUGCAAGCCAGGAGUCCUCUCAAAGAUCAGAGUAACAUAAGCUCCGGGAGGGUGAAAAUGAGCGCUUGUAAAUCUCUUGUGGAGGAGGACGAGGAAGACGACAUGCUUUUUACUCAAGACUCUCAGGGAAAUAUGGUGAUCAAACACUGAAUAGAGCCUUUGCACAUGAGUAUUUGUUUUAUCUCCUCAUGGCUGCUAAAGAGUGAACAGUUGUUUUAAACAGGGAAUAUAUUCCAUAGUGACAUGACUGGUUUACUUAUGGCUGCAUUUAAAUUGAGUAUAUGUAUGUGUUUUCUUCUUGCCUGUAGUCAUAUGUAAAUGUAAAUCUAUUUUCUUGGUCUGGAUGAUGCAGAAAUGUCUUACAAGGUGCAGCUCUUUUUUUUGUAAUAACACUAACACGCAAGACCUGAAGGUUUUGAUUUUAUUGGAAAAAUGAUACACAAUAACAUCCAUUAGUUUUGUGUAAAUUAAAAGUUUUGAAAAGCG